UUUGUUCAACCUCAAUUUUGUUAUAAUCAUGCCUCAGUCCCCACCCCCACUCAACCACGAUACAACCAGAAAUACGGCGCGUACGCAUCCUUAUUUUGACAAGACGCCUUGUGACAAAUGGGAUGUUGUAGACUUCUGUGACAAAAUAUACAAGGAAUUGGGCUAUGUGAAGUACAAUAUAUCCAAUGUCCACAACUGCUGGCGGACAUCCAUACAGCACCUACAGAAUAGCGAGGAUCCCAAAAUUGCUGGGACGGCUAGUAAAUUGCGGGCGGCAUGGGUUCUUUCAGUAAGUUGAUUCUCCGAGCUACAAAACUAAUAUCUACGCAUCAUUUGUAUCACAGGAUGCCUUCGUGGCGUCCUGGUCAACGGUACACCGAGGCGCAUAUCGCAGCCUGCCUUCGCGGCCGACUGAGAAACGAUUGUGUACUCUUUGGGUGUUGCUUCUUCGCGAAGACCCCUCGCUCCUGGGUUACUGUUGACCUUCGUGGCCAUCAGAUUCACUAGCCCAGUCGAGCUUGAUGUUUGUUAAUAGGCAUUCUUUGGCAGAGUCCGAAAAACGACCAGCAAAGGGCCAAGAAUUUCAUCAGGUCAAUAACGAGAAAGCGUGGACGACACAAAGCCGCAAAUCAUGGGCCUACUACUAUCGCUAUCAGCCAAAGUAGUAUUAUGUUGAAUUCGUCGCAAACAGGAACCACUAUUGUUGGAGCUUCUGUCAUUCAAGAUGACCCAGACACAAAUUGUGCCGAUUCAGAAGCUGAUAAUGAUCCCAACACUCUGAACGCGACUGUUGACUCCAGCAUCGAAAAGCAAGACUCACUAGCAAUGGAAGCCUCCGACACGAAGAGGCACCAAGAAAUCCUAGGUUGCUUGGAGGAUUCUCGCAUGACCCUUACUAAUGAUAAGAAGAUGUUACUUGCCCAUGGCAAUGUUUACCUUCAAGAUGUCAUGCUAGAUCAUGCCCGACGCACUGGCAAAGUUAAGCCAAUCCAUUUCAGUAUCCUGGAUGCCGAAUCCAUCACGACACUGGGUCUCAUGCGAGAAGAUUGUGAGCAGAUCACAGACUGUGUUGAAGAAUCACCGCUCCCUAGGUUUCCACUGGAGUUGCUUCAGACCCUCGAGAAGUAUGAGAAGGCGAAUUCCUAUGAACACUCAUGCCGAAUUGAACGCACAAUGUCUCAUAAGGGUGAUAUCAAAUGGAUCGGUGAUGUUUCAUGCCACAUUGUCCGUCUUUUAGAGAACUCCGGAAUGAUCUUAGAUGAAGAGCUGAGUGAAGGGGUGUGGGAUUGUUUGGUUUAUCCUCGUUUCCUGGACGAAGUUUUCUGCGAGAUUCCAGAGCUUAUCCUUCAACGCAAAGAAAUUUCUCUCUCAGCAACUCGCUACCAACCGUACUCCUACUUCAUCAACGAACCUCGUUACGAUGCGAUCGCACGCCGUCGUAAGCUAUCUGCUGACGGCAGCUCUCAAUCUUGUUAUGAACUGCUUGUCUUGGAGACAAUUCGCAAAUGGGAAGGGCAACUUGCAGCGAAAUGGCUAAACGAUUUUGAUAAGCUUGUGGGUGGCUUGAGGGCGAUGCUGUGCCACAUUGGCGAGUUGGUAGAAAAUGACCCUACAGUCAUGAAGAAGAUAAAGGUGGUUGGCAUACUACAAGCUGGUCGUCGACACCAGCUUCUUAUUAUGUCUUGCAUUGGCAAGGACGUAUUUUACUUGAAGUGUGGUCAAAUACAUGAGCUUCCAGGUGAGCUUAAAGAUAUGAAGAAGUUACAAUACAUCUUCGCGUCAUAUUGGAAAGCACGGGAAAUUGUUCGAUGUGGUGUUCGACUUCUGGAAGAAUUCUUGCAACAAAAUUUAGAGCAGGAUCAAAAGGCUGUCAAUAUUUUGUCUCCAAACUUCCUUUAAGUUUUCUGUAAUUAACGAUCAUACUAUAAAUGAAACACAUAAUGCAAAUUAUAUUUACAACUGUGAUAUGAACCAUAGAUCUUAGGCUUAAUGGUCAACAGAUAUUAAUAGGACCUCGAAGACGGAACGAU